AUGGAGUGCUGUUCGGGACGAUGCACGCUGGUCUUUCUCUUCACUCUGCAAUUGGUCACUGCAGUGGAGAGGCAAGUGUUUGACUUCCUGGGCUUUCAGUGGGCACCGAUUAUGAUCAACUUCUUACAGAUAAUCGUGGUUAUCCUGGGUCUCUUUGGUACCAUCCAGUAUAGACCACGAUACGUUGUUUUGUACCUGGUCUGGACGCUGUUGUGGGUUGGCUGGAAUGUUCUAGUAAGCUGUCUUUACCUGGACUUGGGGGGGCUUUCAAAGGACAGCGACAUACUGUCGCUGGGAAUGUCCUCCCAGCAGUCCUGGUGGAGGGACAACGGGCCCGGGUGUGAGGGCAGGGACCUACCUUCCCCAGCAUGGCAGAGCCAGGAAAACCCAGAGCUGGUUACCGUUCUGAGCUGCUGGCUGGAACACCAAUACAUAGAGGUUCUGCACUGCAUCAUACAGCUGGUUCUAUCUCUCCUGGGAUUUACAUAUGCCUGUUAUGUGGCCAAUACUUUGUCACAUGAGGAUGACAGCUUUGAUUUCAUGGGUGAAAUUCAUCACCCAUCUAAAUCCCCGGAUUUGUUCUUCUAAUGCAAAGAAGUGAUGAGCAGGUA